AUGCCGGGCGAAGUGUCGGAGAAGUCUUCCCAUUUUAUUUGGCACUUUGUCAACCAGAAGCGCAGGAGACCUUUCAAAAAAGGUGACGGAAAAUUUAAUUACAGUCCCGAUGUUUAUUGCUCUGUUUAUGAUGAAACAACUGGUAUCUGUCCCGCCGGAGAUGACUGCCCAUUACUACACAGAGUUGCGGGCGAUGUUGAACGCCGAUACCACCCUAGAUAUUUCAAAACAUGCAUGUGUGUGCAUGAAACCGAUGCCAAGGGCCACUGCGUGAAGAAUGGACCCCACUGUGCCUAUGCACACGGCCCUGAUGACUUGAGGAUGCCAGUUUUUGAUGCUAGUGAGGAUGAUAAUUUGAAUGGGGAAGGUUCAACUAACUUACUUGCUGCCCAUCUUGAAAAGGAUAUCUUUUAUAAUGAAGACCCUGCUUGGAAUGAUCCCCACUAUGUCUUAAUAAAUUACAAGACUGAGCAGUGCAAACGACCUCAUCGGUUAUGUCGCCAGGGGUAUGCUUGCCCCUCCUAUCACAAUCCUCGAGACAAGCGUAGGAGCCCUAAAACAUUCAAAUAUAGGUCAACCCCAUGCCCCAGUGUCAAGAGGGGUGAUGAGUGGGGCGAUCCGCCUCUGUGUGAUGUCGGCGACAAGUGCUCCUACUGCCACACCAGAACUGAACAACAAUUUCAUCCUGAGAUAUACAAAAGUUCAAAGUGCAAUGACAUGAUACAGACCGGGUACUGCCCUAGGGGCCAGUUCUGUGCAUUUGCUCAUCUUGAGAAAGAGCUCAAUGAACCAUGGGACACGAUGAUUGGUUCCGAGGCCAGCCUAUCAGAUUUCGUUGAGGCAGUCUUGCCCCUGCCUACAGCCACGCCAAUUACGAAAACCAUGAAGAUGGAAUCGAACAGCGACAUCUGCAAUGGCCUGAGGAAGUCUUCGUUACCAGCUGAAUCUCAUCUGAUGAGUAUAAUGUUGCCGGAAGACUCUGUGGCAUCAUCAUCAUCACCACCUCCUCUCUCCCUUGUACCACACUCUUCGAUGAGUAACUCAGAACCCAUCGGUAAACGCAGGACGGUGAGUCUCAGCGAGGGUACAUUAGGGCCACAUAGGGGCCUCAGUACCUUGCACGAGAAGCACGCAAUGAAAUAUCCAUACGACAUAACGAAAGAAAAUUUGAAUCAGUUGUUUCCAAGCAGCAACAACUCCUCAAUGAUGAUGAAUACGACGAAUCCUGGAACUGGCAACAUCCUUAGUCCCAAGCUCUCUUUCCCAUCAUUCUAUCCAGGAGAGGAAACCGUUGAAUCUGUUAUUGUGAAUGCCCUAGAUGAAGAGUUUGUCGGUGGAGAUCUCAAUCUAUCUGGAUAUGACAGAGAGGAAAGUGAUUCUCUGUGUAGCUCUCUUAGUACCAGUUUUCCAUCUUUUGGGGGCUACUUUGGCGGAAUGGGAUCGAGACCCAUGUCAAUCCCGACCUCAUCUAUGGGAUCGAAUGUUACACAACAGCAUCGUCAACAGCAACAACAACUCAAACAACAGCAGCAGCAGAAAGAUUUUGUUGGUAGCUACAACAGCAACAACGCUGAGAAUAGUUUCAUGUUGUUUGGUAGGAGCUACACUUCUUUGGCACCUAUUGGUUCCGAACAUGCCGCUCAGUUGCUGCUCUCUAAGCAGCAACAACAACAACAGUCGAUGACGUCACAGCUGAUCAGUGAACUGGCCACAUUACAGAACUACCAAUCACAGCAGGCCAGCAUGAACUGCAACAACCAAUCAUCUUCGACUUCCUCUCUCUUCCCCAGUUCAUCUCUCCCUCUCUCACAGGGCAUGAGCAAUCUUUCUCUGGGCAGGAGUAGUCAGGAGUUUGAGAAGAUAAAGGAGGAGUUAAAAAUGUCCAAGUUGAAGAUGGCCAAGUGGGAGGAGAGUGCCUGCACUGCUUGGAUGAAGGAGGUUGAUGACAUCAAGAAACAGAAGAAGAUUCUGGAAGAUGAGAACGUCAUCAUCAGUAAACAGAGGGAUGACGCUGUUGCAACAGUUGCAAAGUUAACAACUGAGCUAGAUUCUGUCAGAAAAUCAAAACCAACGACCGCUAACUUUGAACAGCAACACCAGCCACAGCAGCAGCAGCAGCUGCACGUAUCUGGUUGUUGCAGCAGCGGUGGCAACGACGACGGCAGCACGUCGCAGCAGCAGCAACAACAACAACAGUUGAGUGUGGAAAAAGAUUUUACAAAGUUGCAACAGAAGAGAGACUUGCUGAAGAAUGAAUUGAACUCUAUUGAAGAGAUGUUAAAGAAACAUUGUAGGAUAUGCCAGAAGAAAGUUACCCCUGCCACUGGCAAACUCUCCCUGCUAUCGUGCAACCAAUGUCUCGUCUGCUCGUAUUGUUGCUCAACGAACUCAGAUUGCAAGACAUGUCCCCAGCUACAACAAGAGUCAUUAAUUAGUAGCAGCAGUAGCGAUAAACCAGAGCAGACUAAAUGAUUAAAAUGAAGCUUAGAUUUUCAAGAUAUAUUAUGAUAAUAUAUACAAUUUAUUCGAAUUUUUAAUGGAGUUUUAUAAACGAUAUACGUAUAAUAUUUAGCUGACAAUGUUUUUCAAUUUUAUUCUAUUUUUUGUAUAAAUAUUUUUUAAAUUGACAAUUUUAAAAUAUUUUAGUGACAUCUUUGAAAUUUUCUUAGACUUUGAAAAUAUUUAAAUAUUUGUGUUACCAGAUAGAGAAAGUAAGAGAGAGAGAGAAAGAGAGAAAGAUUUAUAUAAAUAUAUAUACAGAUAUAAAGAUAUAUAUAUAGAUAUACGUACUAUAAUUACUACUAUAAUAAUAAUUAUAAAUAAUAUUAUUAUUAUUUCGAGGUUCCAUAUCAUACACUUACAUUGAAAUUUCAUUUAGCAUUGUUUUUAUUGUUUCAAAUUAAAAGUUUGAAAACUGUAAAAAAAAUUUACAAAACUGAAAAAGUGAAACUGAAAGUGAAAAAGAUGAUAUUUUUUUUGUAGGUGUUUUAAUUUUUUUAGUUCUAUUAUUUUAAAUUUUGACAAUGUUAUUUUUCUUUUUCCCUCUUUAGAGUUAUUCGAUUUUAAUUAACUAUAUUUUUUGGUUUGUGGUAUUUAGGUAUCUAUAUAUAGAUGUUUGUUUUAGGUAUUACGCAUAUGUAUUCAAAUAUUGUAUCUGUGUAUGUAUGUAUACAUGUUUACAUGUGUUUGUACGUAUAUGUUUGUUUGUGUGUACGUAUGUAUGCAGAUAUGUGUGUGUGUAUAAGUAUGUAUGCGUGUGUGUAUGUGUGUUGGUGGUUAAGAUGGAAGUUGAUGAUGUUCUUCUGUCUCUGGUUUAUAUGAUUACAUUCGAUUUUUCAAGUUUUAGUAUAUAUAUAUAUAUAUAUAUAUAUAUAUAUAUAUAUACUAUAUAUACGAUCAUGUUGUUUAUUGCAAAAAAUGUUGUAUAUGUAUUUAGGAUUUGUAUGUAUUGCGGUAUGGAUUGGUGAAUGUGUAUUAUUUAUAUUUGGUAUAUUAUACAUAUAUAUAUAUAUAUAUGUGUGUGUGCGUGUAAGGAAAAUGGGCGUGAAAUCAUGUAAAGAAAAGUCUUCUGUUUGUAAUUAUUUGAUUUGAUUGCGUUAAACUGUUCUGAAAUUAUGCUAAAUAAAAUCUUUUUCUUGUUGUUC